AUGGAGUGGAGUUACCUGUUGGAAGUGACCUCGCUGCUAGCCGCCUUUGCGCUGCUGCAGCGCUCCAGCGGCGCGGCGGCCGCCUCGGCCAAGGAGCUAGCAUGCCAGGAGAUCACGGUGCCCCUGUGCAAGGGCAUUGGCUACAACUACACCUACAUGCCCAACCAGUUCAACCACGACACUCAAGAUGAGGCGGGCCUGGAAGUGCACCAGUUCUGGCCACUGGUGGAGAUCCAGUGCUCGCCGGACCUCAAGUUCUUCCUGUGCAGCAUGUACACUCCCAUCUGCCUGGAAGACUACAAGAAGCCGCUGCCGCCCUGCCGUUCCGUGUGCGAGCGCGCCAAGGCCGGCUGCGCGCCGCUCAUGCGCCAGUACGGUUUCGCCUGGCCCGACCGCAUGCGCUGCGACCGGCUGCCGGAGCAGGGCAACCCUGACACGCUAUGCAUGGACUACAACCGCACCGACCUCACCACCGCCGCUCCCAGCCCGCCGCGCCGCCAUCCGCCGCCGCCACCACCGCUUCCUGGCGAGCAGCCGCCCACCGGCAGUGGCCACAGCCGUUCGCCAGGGGGUAGGCCCCCGCACCGUGGCGGCAAGAACGGCGGUGGAGACACGGCGGCGCCCCCUGCGCGCGGCGGCAGCGGCGGGAAGGCAAGGCCCCCUGGCGGCGGCUCGGCGCCCUGCGAGCCGGGCUGCCAGUGCCGGGCGCCCAUGGUGAGCGUGUCCAGUGAGCGGCACCCUCUGUACAACCGCGUCAAGACAGGCCAGAUCGCCAACUGCGCGCUGCCCUGCCACAACCCUUUUUUCAGCCAAGACGAGCGCGCCUUCACCGUCUUCUGGAUCGGCCUGUGGUCGGUGCUCUGCUUCGUGUCCACCUUCGCCACCGUCUCCACUUUCCUGAUUGACAUGGAGCGUUUCAAGUACCCUGAGCGGCCCAUCAUCUUCCUUUCGGCCUGCUACCUCUUCGUGUCGGUAGGCUACUUGGUGCGCCUAGUGGCGGGCCACGAGAAGGUGGCGUGCAGCGGCGGCGCGCCUGGCCCGGGCGGCGCGGGGGCUGCCGGCAGCGCAGCGGCGGCGGCGAGCGCGGGAGCUGCGGGCGCGGGUGCGGGUGCGGGCGGCCCCGGAGGGCGCAGCGAGUAUGAGGAGCUGGGCGCCGUGGAACAACACGUGCGCUACGAGACCACCGGCCCAGCGCUUUGUACAGUCGUCUUCCUGCUCGUCUACUUCUUCGGCAUGGCCAGCUCCAUCUGGUGGGUGAUUCUGUCACUGACGUGGUUUCUGGCCGCAGGCAUGAAGUGGGGCAACGAGGCAAUCGCCGGCUACUCGCAGUACUUCCAUCUGGCCGCGUGGCUCGUGCCCAGCGUCAAGUCCAUCGCCGUGCUGGCGCUCAGCUCCGUGGACGGCGAUCCCGUGGCGGGCAUCUGCUACGUGGGUAACCAAAGCCUCGACAACCUGCGCGGCUUCGUGUUGGCACCUCUCGUCAUCUACCUCUUCAUUGGCACCAUGUUCCUGCUGGCGGGCUUCGUGUCGCUCUUCCGCAUUCGCUCAGUCAUCAAGCAGCAGGGCGGGCCCACCAAGACGCACAAGCUGGAGAAGCUCAUGAUCCGCCUGGGCCUCUUCACCGUGCUUUACACCGUGCCAGCCGCGGUUGUGGUCGCCUGCCUCUUCUACGAGCAGCACAAUCGACCGCGCUGGGAGGCCACGCACAACUGCCCAUGCUUGCGGGACCUGCAGCCCGACCAGGCCCGGCGACCCGACUAUGCGGUCUUCAUGCUCAAGUACUUCAUGUGCCUGGUCGUGGGCAUCACCUCGGGCGUGUGGGUCUGGUCUGGCAAGACGCUGGAGUCGUGGCGCGCCCUGUGCACCCGCUGCUGCUGGCUCUACAGCGACGUCAGCACCGGCCUGACGUGGAGGUCUGGCACGGCCAGCUCCGUAUCCUACCCCAAGCAGAUGCCAUUGUCCCAGGUCUGA